GUGUAAAAAGCUCCUUCACAAAAUGACUGUCUCCAACGGCCAACAACCUACAACCAGUCUUCGCUCUCUCGCAAGCCCUAACAUGUUCUGCUUUUCUCUUCUCUUCCUCUUCGGCCUCACUCCCGCCAAUGCAACCCCCCACUCCCUCUAAUACCUCCUUCUCUUCCCAUUUUACCCCAAAAUUUCUCCCCAAAUUACACCACCAAACCUUCCGUCUCAAACCCUCCAACAAGUUCAACUUCAAGCCGCUCUCUUCUAUCAACCCAAACCCUAGUCGUCCUCCUAAAACCUCGAACAUAAUCUCCAUUCUCCGAUCCAUCCCCGACUGGGCCGACCGUAUCCAGGAGCAGGGCUUGAAGCGGCGCCGGGUGCUUUACAACCACGAGAAAUGGGUCUUACACCGGAGCUCCCUCCGCCACAUCCGCCAUCUCCUCUCCAGCCUUCAAUCGCGCGUUAUUCUGUCACUGAUACCGCCCGUGAUUGCAUUCACUUCCGUAGCCGUGGCCGUUUCUGGCUACAACACUGCAAUUGACAUGCACUUGCUGCCAGGGUUUUUGCCGGUAUUGAGGGCGUCGACGCUGCCAUACCAGCUGACGGCGCCGGCCUUGGCCCUGCUUUUGGUGUUUCGGACGGAGGCUUCCUACUCCAGGUACGAGGAGGGGAGGAAGGCUUGGAUGAGAGUGAUUGCUGGAACUGAUGAUUUCGCGAGGCAGGUCAUUUCUGGGGUUAAGAGUUCCAGCGAUGCUGCUUUGAAGAAUGCGCUUUUGCAGUACAUUAUGGCGUUUCCGGUGGCUCUCAAGUGUCAUGUGAUUUAUGGAUCAGAUAUUGGCAGAGACCUGCAGAGCUUGCUUGAAGGGGAUGAUCUAGCUGUAGUACUCAAUUCAAAGCAUAGGCCUCGGUGUAUUAUUGAGUUCAUCUCUCAGAGUAUUAACUUGUUGAACUUGGAGGAGGCUAAGAGGAAUAUGUUGGAGGCAAAUAUUUCUUGUUUCCACGAAGGAGUUGGCGUCUGUGAACAGCUGAUGGGAAUUCCAAUCCCUCUCUCGUACACUCGCUUGACAUCGAGGUUUCUGGUCUUCUGGCAUUUCACUCUUCCUAUCAUACUUUGGGAUGAUUGCCACUGGAUCGUGGUUCCUGCUACUUUCAUCAGUGCUGCUUCCUUGUUCUGCAUAGAAGAAGUUGGUGUUCUCAUCGAGGAACCAUUUCCUAUGCUAGCUCUUGAUGAGCUUUGCAAUUUUGCACAUAAAAACAUCCAGGAAGCUAUUGCAUCUGAGCAAGUUAUUCAAACACGUCUUAUGGCCAAAAGAAAGAAGCAUUCAUUUGAGUGCUCACAGAAAGGUUGGCCUAAAUCCUAAGCAAAGAGAAAAUUUCAUUUUUCGCAAACUCGAUAACCAGAAACUGGGCCUGAAAAAGCUGGAGUUUUGCGGUGGGGACAUUGCCUUUGUAGUAUGCAUACUGCCUUAUUUCGUCAGCACCGCAGAGUUGUUGUAAGUCGUAACUGAGCUCUGGGUUGAGCCAUGUAGAUAGGAAGCAUUAGGUACAAACUUCAUCUGUUGUAUAGAAAUUAUAAGUAUAAUCCUGAUAGCAUGUCUUUCACGUACAAUCUCUCCUUUUUUUUACUCUCUUUUGAAUAAGGGGUUUAUGGAAUUGCCCGGUAGAUGAACAUAAAGAAACAUUUCUCAUGUUCAGUUUCUUUCACAAUGAUAUGCUGCCAGUUCAUUCA